AUGGCCACCAACGGGAACAACGGGUCGCUCGCCCACUACCAUGCAGCUUCGACUGAGGAAGCCAUUCAGGCUGAGAAGCAGUAUGCCGCGCACAACUAUCAUCCCCUGCCGGUGGUGAUCGCCCGCGCCCAGGGCACCUCCGUCUGGGACCCCGAGGGACGUCACUAUCUCGACUUCCUGUCCGCCUACUCUGCCGUGAAUCAAGGCCACUGCCACCCCAAGCUGGUUGCCGCCCUGGUGGACCAAGCUUCGCGGGUGACCUUGAGCUCGCGCGCGUUCUACAAUGAUGUGUUCCCCCGGUUCGCCGAGUUCGUCACCCGCUACUUCGGCUUCGACAUGGUCCUGCCCAUGAACACGGGCGCUGAGGCGGUCGAGACGGGCAUCAAGAUCGCCCGCAAGUGGGGCUACAAGGUCAAGGGCAUCCCCGAGAACAAGGCGCUUGUCCUGAGCGCAGAGAAUAACUUCCACGGUCGUACAUUCGCUGCCAUUUCGCUCUCCUCCGAUCCGGAGUCGCGCGAAAACUACGGGCCCUACCUCCCUGGGAUCGGGUGCACCAUUCCUGGCACGGAGAAGCCCAUCACCUAUAACGACAAGGCCGCCUUGCGCGAGGCCUUCGAGACGGCCGGCCCCAACCUGGCCGCCUUUCUGGUGGAGCCCAUCCAGGGUGAGGCCGGUAUCGUCGUCCCUGAUGAUGACUACCUGCAGGAGGCUCGUGCCCUAUGCGACAAGUACAAUGUGCUCCUGAUUUGCGAUGAGAUCCAGACGGGAAUUGCCCGUACGGGCAAGCUGCUCUGCCACGAGUGGAGCGGAAUCAAGCCCGACCUGGUCCUGCUGGGCAAGGCCAUCUCGGGUGGUAUGUACCCCGUCUCGUGUGUGCUUGGCCGCAAGGACGUCAUGCUCACGAUCGAGCCCGGUACCCACGGUUCGACGUACGGCGGUAACCCCCUGGGUUGUGCCGUCGCUAUCCGUGCUUUGGAGGUCGUGCAGGAGGAGCAGAUGGUUGAGCGCGCUGAGAAGCUCGGCCACCUGUUCCGGAAGGGACUGGAGGACCUGAAGAGCCCACUUAUCGAGACUGUGCGCGGCAAGGGUCUGCUCAAUGCCAUUGUCAUUGACGAGUCCAAGACGAACGGGCACUCCGCCUGGGACCUGUGCAUGUUGAUGAAGGCAAAGGGCUUGUUGGCCAAGCCCACUCACCAAAACAUCAUUCGCCUGGCCCCACCGCUGGUCAUCACGGAGGAGGAGAUCCAGAAGGCGCUGGGCAUCCUCCACGAGGCCUUGGAUGAGCUCCCCAAUCUGAAGGGCACGGCCGAGGAUCAGAUCAUCCCAGCGGCGGAGAAGAAUGUUAAGAUCGGCCUCGAGAAUUAG